AUGGUGAUAGCCAAGGACCGGACCACGGGGCCCCUGCUGGACACCUGCGAGGACGAGAUCGAGACCCGCAGCGUGGAGGUGUCCAACGAGAGUCUCAAGCUGAGGAAGGAGCUAGGACUAAUCGACGGCGUGGGCAUCAUCGUGGGCAUCAUCAUCGGCUCCGGGAUCUUCGUGUCUCCGCAGGGCGUGAUAAGGUUCAGCGGGAGUGUGGGCAUGUCCCUGGUGGUGUGGGGCGUCUCGGGGGUGCUGUCCAUGGUGGGCGCCCUGUGCUACGCCGAGUUAGGCACAAUGAUCCCCAAGAGCGGCGGUGACUACGCCUAUAUCCACGAGGCCUUCGGUUCCCUCCCCGCCUUCCUGUUCAUGUGGAUGGCGCUGCUGAUCAUCCUACCGACGAGCAACACCGUCAUGGCCCUCACCUUCGCCAAGUACAUCAUCAAACCGGCCUUCCUCCUGUGCGAUGGAAUCCCCGACAUCCCCGUCAGGUUGAUCGCGGCCGUGAUCGUGUGCUUCCUAACCUGGGUGAACUGCACGAACGUCAAAUGGGCCACGAAAGUACAAGGAAUUUUCACCGCAGCGAAAAUCAUGGCGCUUCUGAUCAUCAUCGUCGCGGGCAUCUAUCAGCUCUGUGAUGGACACGUCGAGAACUACCAGGAUGCCUUCGAGGACACCAACUGGAGUAUUACUUCCGUCUGCACCGCCUUCUACCAGGGGCUCUUCUCCUUCGCCGGAUGGAACUGUCUCAACUUUGUCGUCGAGGAAUUAAAAGAUCCAUUCAAAACCCUCCCCCGGGCCAUCCUCAUCUCCAUGCCCAUCGUCACCCUCAUCUACUUCCUCACCAACAUGGCCUACUUCGUUGUUCUUGAGCCCGACGAGGUGCUGGCGUCCGAGGCUGUUGCUCUGUCCUUUGCUGGCCGAGCCCUUGGAGUGCUGAACUGGGUCAUGCCCAUCUUCGUCGCUCUCUCUACCUUCGGAAGUCUCAACGGCUGCAUCUUCGCCUGCUCUCGCCUCUUCUUCGUGGGCGCUCGGGAGGGGCACCUUCCUCAGGCUCUAGCACUCAUCAAUGUACAUACCAUCACACCCGUCCCAGCCCUCGUGUUCUUGGGCUUUAUGACACUGUGUAUGCUCGUGACUUCCGACACGUUGGUGCUGAUCAAUUAUGUGUCCUUCUCCGAGUCUCUGUUCGUCUUCCUGUCCAUCUCAGCCCUACUUUGGCUGCGCUACAAGGACCCGCAUCGCCAUAGGCCUAUAAAGAUCUGGAUUGGGAUUCCCAUCGUGUUCUUCUUCAUCUGUCUGUUCCUCGUCAUCUUCCCUAUAGUGGAGCGCCCCGUCGAGCUGGGUAUUGCUAGUGGCAUCUUCUUCGCUGGCGUUCCGGUCUACUAUCUGUGCGUUCAUAAGGCGAAUAAGUCCAAGAAAUUCUGUUCAUUUAUGGGAAAAUUUACGUCCGUCAUCCAGCUGCUUUACCAUGGAUUGCCCGAGGAAGAUGAUGAAUGUGACUGAAAAUUUUGUUGUUACGAUACUAUUGACAAAUGAUGACCAAUAACGUUACGAACAGAAC